GCUGGUUUGCCAACCGCCAUUAAGCGUAAAAGAAGAAGAAAAACCAGGAAGUUAUUCAUUUCAAAAUAAUACUGGUGUGUUCCUCGGAGACGCUGUGUUGGGACUUUCCCUGACCGGAAUGGAGGGUCACGGUAUCCUAAAAGCCUUCCCGAAAGUAAAAAGACGAAGGGCAAAUGAGUCAAAGGACGCACCCUCCCAUAAGAGGGCACCUGCUGAACCAAUAACGGCUCCAACAGAUACAAUUUUUAAGGGAGCCACAGUUCACAUAGUCCCUGCUGGAAUAGGGAAAACCAGGUGUGACAUAUUUCAUCGACAGAUCAUCCAAAAUGGAGGACAGUCAGUGGCCAUAUUCUCUCCCAGUUGCACACACGUGGUGGUAGAUGAUUCAGUUGAUUGUAAAAGAGCUUUGAGGCUUUUAAAAGUGGAAAAGCUGCCCCCUGAUGUUCAGCUGGUGAAAUGCAGUUGGUUGAGUGCCUGCAUCAGUGAAAAAAGAUUAUUAGAGUCUGAAGACUACAGUCUCCUUCUUAAGAGUCUCCCAACUGCUCCUGCUCUGGAGUCAGAAGAGACUGAGAUUGCACAAGUGUUGGAGGAAGCACCACAGGAUCCUUUGGUUCCAACUCAAGUAGAUCUUAAUGAGAAGGUGGCUGACGUUCAGGAAGACCACAAUGAGGAAGAUGGGGUGUCUCAGAAGGACCUGGAAGCUUUGAUCAGUGGCAUUCACCCAUCUGAUAGCAACGAAAGCCAGAGUUUGUCAGAGCAACCAGUUUUGUCUGAAAAGUGGGUUUGUGGCCAGCCAUCCACAAGUAAAGGGGAGAACCAUAACAAGCACAUUACUGACAAACUGGAGCCACUGGCUAAAGCCUAUACACACACAGGCGAUAAAUGGAGAGCUCUGGGCUACUCUAAAGCAAUUAAUGCUCUUAAAAGCUAUAGUAAGCCCAUAACUACAUACGAGGAAGCAUGUAAGAUUCCAGGCAUUGGGAAACGCAUGGCAGACAAGAUUAUGGAAAUCAUGGAAAGUGGGCACUUGCGCAAACUGGACCACAUCGGGGAGGAAGUGCCUGUUCUUGAAAUGUUCACUAAUAUUUGGGGUGCAGGAGCAAAGACUGCUCAGAUGUGGUAUCAGCAGGGUUUUCGCACAUUGGAGGACAUCCGUACUAAGGCAGUUUUAAAUCAAACACUAAGGAUCGGAUUAAAACACUAUGAUGAUCUCCUUGAGCGGAUGCCAAGGAGUGAAGCAGCAGCUAUUGAAAAAACGGUAAAGGAGGCAGCACACAAUGUGGACGCACAGCUGCUGGUUUUUGCGUGUGGUUCAUACCGCAGGGGGAAGACCACAUGUGGAGAUGUAGAUGUUCUUAUCACUCAUCCUGAUGGAGAAUCACACAAGGGAGUUUUCAGCAAGCUGUUGCAUCUUCUUCAUCAGACUGGUUUUCUGACUGAUGACCUUGUUAGCCAUGAAGAGAAUGGUGAGCAAAAGAAGUACAUGGGUAUCUGUCGGCUUCCCGGCCCUAUGCAGCGCCACAGGCGCUUGGACAUCAUUGUGGUGCCCUAUGCUGAAUUUGCAUGUGCUCUUCUUUACUUCACUGGCUCUGCCCACUUCAACCGAUCAAUGAGAGCAUUGGCUAAGACCAAGGGCAUGAGCCUCUCCGAGCACUCACUGAACUGUCACGUUGUGCGGCAAAAUGGUGUGAAGCUGGUGGCGGGUACACCAUUGCACACUCCAACAGAGAAAGAUGUUUUCAAACAACUUGGCGUGCCCUACAGAGAACCGCGUGAGCGAGACUGGUGAUGUUUCUGAAUUAUGAUGAAUUAAAUUUGACUGCAGAUUUUAACCAAAUGCAAUCAUGCUGCUCUUUACAUGAUAAAUGUGGGAGGGAAUGAAUCAGGUAAUCCAUAUGAAUUGAUGAAUUGCAUUGAUAAUGUCUAUAUACAAAUCUUAUCAUGAAUGAAUGUUCUUAAAGGAUUGAUUAGAAGUUUAAUUAAAGUUUGUGUAAAGUCAUUUUAGGGAACUGUUUCUAAACACAUUAUAAAUGUUAGAAAUGUAUGAAACACGUCACAAAGACUGUGAACUAUGUAGUACUGAAUUGUGGAGUUACAAGUAUGCAUUCAUUUAAAAGUUGAGAGAGAUGGCAGCCGAAGAUUGUAAAACCCAAGAGACGAAACUUUGAUGACUUUUCUAGUAAGAGUCACUUGGUGGCGUUUCGGUUGCGUGGCCACCAUUUUGCGGUGAAAAUGCUAACUGGAAAACAGCACAGAUAUACUGAAUGACAAAGAAAAGUCAAUGUGGAAUAAAAGAACGCAAUGUUCGACAAUCUACUGCAAUCAUUGUGACAGUACAAGUCUUGCCUUUCAUCGUUUUAUUGUGUAAAUGUAAACUUAAUUCCUUUUAGGACCUGCAGGUCCUGGCCAUAGAAACCAUCAUAAUGAUUUAUAUGGAUAUGACGCUGACAAUGAGCUUAUUAAAUUAAUUUGGUGAAAUUGUUUAUUUUAUUCAUAACUUAUUUUUGUAUGUAACGUUAAGAAACCUCUUGGAAAAAAUCUAACAUGUAUAAUAAACAGGGUUCCUUGAAAUCCUUGAAAGUUUGUGAA